AUGGCGUCAUCAGCAGACCCAUUCUCGGACCGCAAUGCGCUCGAUGCAAACCCGUUCGCGGAUCAGACGGUACAAGGAGCGCUCAACGACCCAUCGCGGAUGUACAGCGGUGCCGAUGACGACGUUGCCUCGACCUACAAAGGAGCCGUCGACGACGUGCCCUCUUCCCGUGCCGAGGCCGAUCGCAUGGCAGAGCUUCGCCGAAGAGAGGAAGAGUUGGCACGUCGGGAGCGCGAUCUUGACAGCCGUGCGGCGCAUAUCCAGAAGCACGGUCGCAACAACUGGCCCUUCUUCUACCCGCUCAUCUACCACGACAUUCAAGCCGAGAUCCCGCCGGACAGCCAGCCCAUCAUGCAGGGCCUCUACAAGCUCUGGUUGCUCCUCGUGCUCGCACUGAUUGUCAACAUGGUAGCGUGCAUCUUUUUGCUCCUCGAGGGAGCUUCUGACGGCGGCAAGGACAUGAUUUCGGGUGUGGUGUAUCUGCCCGUCAUCACGUUGACCAGCUUUAUGCUCUGGUACCGCCCCAUCUACAAUGGCCUGAUGAAGGAACACUCGCUCUUCUUCUACGUCUACUUUAUCUUUGCAGGCUUCCACCUGGCGUUUUCGGUAUACGUGUUCUUGGGCAUCCCAUCGACAGGCUCGGCAGGUCUCAUCAACACCAUCCAGGCGUUCGCAGACGAGGAUCGGAAGCUCGUCGCGGGCAUCUUGGGCGCGAUAACCACCGCCAUGUUCGGUCUGCAAGGGCUGGGCAACCUGUGGUUCUAUCGCUUGAUCUGGAAACACAACAACGAAAAGGGCCACACGUUUGCACAGGCCAAGAACGAGCUGGCUACGCACGGGAUGAUGGCGUACUUCACCCGUGGGUCCAAUGUGUAA